GCAAAAUGUGGUAUCAUACCAAUCUAAGGUAUUGUUUUGGUAUUGCAAAAUUGCUAAAUUUGUCAAUGGUCGAACACCACAUUUUGGUAUUCUUUUGGUAUUACAGUAUUUUAUCAAGUUCCUCUGAAACUAUGGGAAAAUGUUGACCAAUUUUGACAAAAUAAUUAAUUUUGCGCUAAAAUGACGUCUCAAAGCGAAUGCCUUCAUUGAAAACCGGAAAUUUCAAACUUGAUUUUAAACAUUUUUGAUAUAAAAGAAAUGACUUGAAAUUGUGGAAAAUUUUCUAAGUCAGGAUGGCACAUAUUGGUAUUAUUUUGGAAUUAAAGUGUUUUAUCAAAUUCCUUUGAAACUAUGGUAAAAUUUUGACAAAAUAAUUAAUUUUGCGCUAAAAUGAUGUCUCAAAGAGUAUGCUUUCAUUGAAAACCGGAAAUUUCAAACAAAUUUGAAACAUUUUUGAUACACCCCCUAAAGAAAUGACUUGAAAUUGUGGAAAAUUUUCAAAGUCAGGAAGCCACAUUUUGGUAUUAUUUUGGUAUUGAAAGUUUUCAUCAAAUUCCUUUGAAACUAUGGAAUUUUAUUUAUAAAUUUUGACGAGAUAAUUAAUUUUCAAUUGACUUGAAACCCAAAAAUGUUAAAGCUGGUUUUCAUAUUUUUUUGAUACACCCACUAAGAUUUUUUUUUUAAACAAUGAAAUUUCUCUAAGUCAGGACAACCAAAUACUUUGAAAAACGAAUGAAUCAACAGAUUAUUGUAUUUGAUGAAUUUCAAUCCUUAUUUUUCAAUCUUGUUAUUUUUCAGAAUCUUCAAGAACUUCAAGCACAUGCCGUUCAUCAAUCACAAAUGAAUUCGAUGUGGUGAAGAAUAUCACUAAGAACAACAUGGAAUCAUCAGGUGCGUAGAUUUGGCUGUAGCAUAUGGAUCAUUUCCGUUUUUUUUUAACUAACCGCAACUGCUGCACUAAAAAUGGUAUGAAAAUACCAAAUUUUGGUAUUACUUGUGCAAAUACCAGCGACCAAAAUGUGCUCUUGGUUGCCCAGUAAUAGAUGGUAAAAUACCAUGAAAUCAUACCAAAAUCAUGUAUGUGAAAGACCACAGGAAUACCAAAAUCUGAUUUUCCAAGGGCGCGGGAAUGCCUAAAAAUUAAACCAUGGCAAUACCAAGUUUUGGUAUUCAAGUAAUGUUCAAAAAUCCAGAAGACCUCAACUUGGUAUUGAAAUGGUUUUAUUUUGAGGUAUUAUUUUACCCUUGGAAUAACAUGGUUUGGUAUUGUUGUGCCCUUCCACAUACAAGACUUUGGUAUGAUUUCAUGGUAUUUUACCAUCUAUUACUGAGCAACCAAGGGCACAUUUUGGUCUCUGUUAUUUGCCCAAGUAAUACCAAAAUUUGGUAUUCCCGUGUUAUUUACCCCUGCUCGGGGGGGAAUGGUGGUCAGGAGCACCUACUUUCCUCUUAAGGACAUCCACAAAGCCACCUGGACAUCACCUGACCAACGGACCUUAACGCAAAUCGACCACGUCCUGAUCGACGGCCGAUUCUUCUCGGACGUAACGCACGUGCGCACCUUUCGCGGUGCGAAUAUUGACUCGGACCACUACCUAGUUGGAGUUGACAUGCGCUCAAAGCUGUCGACGGUGUUCAACCAACGCCGAAGCCGGCGGGCCCCUCCGUUCAACACCGCAUGUCUGCAGAGCGGAGAUGUGGCCCACAGUUACGCCCAGUAGCUGGAAGCGAAUCUGUCAGUGAGGAGGAACUUGGCGCAGCCUCGCUCGAAGAUGGUUGGAGUCGCAUACGCUCAGCCAUCGGCACUGCAGCGGAAGCCACACUGGGUAGUGCGAUCCGAGUCAGCCGAAACGAUUGGUACGACGACGAGUGCCAACGGAUUACCGCCGAGAAGAAGGCAGCUUACGACAGGAAGCUGCACAUCCCGAGCAUGGGUAAAUAACAAGGGAAAUGCGUAAUAAUACCUUUCUCUGGUAUCAAUACCAAAUUUUGGUAUUCCUGGACCCUUUAAAAUUUGUCUUAAGGAUUAUGCAAGAGCAAAAUGUGGUAUCAUACCAAUUUAAGGUAUUGUUUUGAUAUUGCAAAAUUGCAGAAUUUGUCAAUGGUCGAACACCACAUUUUGGUAUUCUUUUGGUAUUACAGUAUUUUAUCAAAUUCCUCUGAAACUAUGGGAAAAUUUUGACCAAUUUUGACAGAAUAAUUAAUUUUGCGCUAAAAUGAUGUCUCAAAGCGAAUGCUUUCAUUAAAAUCCGGAAAUUUCAAACUUGAUUUUAAAAAUUUUUGAUAUACCCCCUACAGAAAUGACUUGAAAUUGUGGAAAAUUUUCUAAGUCAGGAUGGCACAUUUUGGUAUUAUUUUGGUAUUGAAGUGUUUUAUCAAAUUCCUCUGAAACUAUGGGAAAAUUUUUACCAAUUUUGACAAAAUAAUUAAUUUGCGCUUCUCAAAGCGAAUGCUUUCAUUGAAAACCGGAAAUUUCAAACUUGAUUUUAAACAUUUUUGAUAUACCCCCUACAGAAAUGACUUGAAAUUGUGGAAAAUUUUCUAUGUCAGGAUGGCACAUUUUGGUAUUAUUUUGGUAUUGAAAGGUUUCAUCAAAUUCCUCUGAAACUAUGGGAAAUUUUUUAUAAAUUUUGACGAGAUAAUUAAUUUUGCGCUAAAAUGACUUGAAACCCAAAAAUGUUAAAGCUGAUUUUAAUUUUUUUUUAAGUCGGGAUAACCAAAUACUUUGAAAAACAAAAAAUAUUGAAAUUUGGUGAAUUUCAAUCCAGUUUCAUUUUAAUAACACUUAUUUUUCAAUCUUGUUAUUUUUCAGAAUCUUCAAGAACUUCAAGCACAGGCCGUCAAUGACAAAUGCAUUCGUUGUGGUGAAGAAUAUCACUAAGAACAACAUGGAAUCAUCAGGUGAGUAGAUUUGGUUGUUGCAUAAGGAUCAUUUCCGUUUUUUCACUAACUGCAACUGCUGCACUAAAAAUGGUAUGAAAAUACCAAAUUUUGGUAUUACUUGUGCAAAUAUCAACGACCAAAAUGUGCUCUUGGUUGCCCAGUAAUAGAUGGUAAAAUACCAUGAAAUCAUACCAAAGUCUUGUAUGUGGAAGGGCACAACAAUACCAAACCAUGUUAUUCCAAGGGUAAAAUAAUACCUCAAAAUAAAACCAUUUCAAUACCAAGUUUUGGUAUUCAAGCAAUGUUCAAAAAUCCAGAAGACCUCAACUUGGUAUUGAAAUGGUUUUAUUUUGAGGUAUUAUUUUACCCUUGGAAUAACACGGUUUGGUAUUGUUGUGCCCUUCCACAUACAAGACUUUGGUAUGAUUUCAUGGUAUUUUACCAUCUAUUACUGGGCAACCAAGGGCACAUUUUGGUCGCUGUUAUUUGCCCAAGUAAUACCAAAAUUUGGUAUUCCCGUGUUAUUUACCCCUGCUCGGGCAAGGUGACGAGAGGGAACGUGGAACGAUACAGGCAGGCUCGGAAUCGGCAGGUCGCGGUCUUCAAGCUCAAGAAGCGCCAGCAUGAAGACCGGGAUUGUGCAGAAAUGGAGCAGCUAUUCCGAGCUAACGAGUCGCGGAAGUUUUACGAGAAGGUGAACCGGUCCCGCAAAGGCUUCGUGCCGCGAGCCGAUGUAUGCAGGGACAACGAGGGAAUCUUGAUCGUGAACAAAAGCGAGGUGUUGGACAGGUGGAAGCAGUACUUCAACGAGCACCUCAACGGCGAUGAAGCGAACGAAGACGGCGAUGGAGUCAACCUUGGAGCAUCCGCAGCUGAUGAACAGUUCCCAGCACCUGAUCUGGAGACGGUGAAGAGGGAGAUCAGGAAGCUGAAGAACAACAGAGCUGCCGGCAAGGAUCGGUUACCCGGUGAGCUCUUCGAAUAUGGAGGAGAGAAACUGGCGAGGGCGCUUCACUGUGUGAUCUCCAAGAUCUGGGAGGAGGAGAAGCUACCGGAGGAAUGGAUGGAUGGUGUCGUGUGCCCCAUCUACAAAAGGGCGAUAAGCUGGACUGCGGCAACUACCGCGGCAUUACGCUUAUCAACGCGGCCUACAAAAUCCUCUCCCAGAUCCUCUGCCGUCAGCUGUCACCCCAUGCACGGAGGUUCCUGGGGCCCUACCACUGGCGUGCGGACCAAAUAUUAUGACUCCGACAGAUCUUCGAGAAAUGUCGUGAGUACAACGUGCCCACACAUCACAUCUUUAUCGACUUCAAGGCGGCCUAUGAUACAGUCGACCGCGAGUAGCUAUGGCAGAUUAUGCACGAGAACGGAUUCCCGGAUAAACUGACUCGGCUGAUUAAGACUACCUUGGAUGGUGUGAUGUGUCACGUGCGUGUUUCGGGGGAUUUAGCGGAACCCUUUGGAUCACGCCGAGGGCUGCGGCAAGGUGAUGGCUUAUCCUGUGCGCUUUUUAACAUCGUUCUUGAGGGCAUCAUUCGAAGGGCGGGCAUCGAAACGAGUGGCACGAUCAUGAACAAGUCCUACCAGCUGCUUGCUUUUGCCGAUGACAUCGACAUUGUAGCAAGAAACCUGGAGACGGUGAAAGAUGUCUACACCCGACUGAAGGUAUAAGCAAGACGUGUAGGACUUGGCAUGAAUACGACGAAUACAAAGCACAUGAGAGGAAGGGGCUCGAGGGACGUUGGCCCCCAAGUCUCACGCCUCUAGCUGUGGAUGAUGAUGAGUUGGAGGAGCUGAGCGAGUUCGUGUACUUGGGAUCGCUGGUAACCGCCGACAACGACACCAGCAAAGAGAUCCGGACUCGUAUUUUUGCUGGGAAUCGUGCGUACUUCGGAUUACGGAAGACCCUCACUUCGGAUCGGGUGCAACGCCGCACGAAGACGAUGUACAAAACACUGAUUAGACCGGUAGUCCUCUAUGGCCACGAGACCUGGACGAUGCGGCAGGAGGGCGAACGAGCCCUUGGAGUUUUCGAACGGAAGGUGCUGCGAAUGAUCUACGGUGGAGUGCAGGUGUCUGAUGGAGUGUGGCAACGACGUAUGAAUCACGAACUGCACGCGCUUCUUGAAGAACCGACCAUCGCCACCCAGGCGAAGAUCGAGAGGCUCAGGUGGGUCGGCCAUGUCGCCCGAAUGGACGAGAGCCAGCCUGUCAGAUUGCUUUUGACCGCGCUGAACCAGCUGGCGGUACAGGCAGAAGAGCAGGGAAACCGCGCGCACGUAGGGGAGAUCAAGUGAACGGUGACAUCCGGAAGAUCUGUAACCUGGGAAAUUGGAGAGUAGCAGCACAAGACCGAGAAAGAUGGAAGCGUCUUCUUGCUACAGCACGCGUACCUGGUGCGCUAUGCUGAUUGGUAUGGUAUGUAUACGGUACGAAUUUCCAAGAAGCCAGCGGAGAGCUGUCGAAGGAAUAAGCCAAGGUCAACCACAACGAACUCAGCAGCACAUUCACCGACACCCACACCCAGUGGCGAUACAACCCGCCGGCCGCGCUGCACAUGGGUGGCCUGUAGGAACGAAUGGUAAGAUCCUCGAAGGCUGCACUGGGCGCAAUCCCGGUGGAACGCAAGCUGGACGAGGAGUCGCUGGUCACCCUACUAGCGGAGGCGGAGCAUAUGGUCAACUCGCGCCCCCUGACUUUCGUGCCGCUGGAGAGCGCAGACAGUGAGUCCUUGACCCCCAAACAUUUUCUCAUGCUGAGUUCGAGCGGUGUUCAGCAGGCCGUCAAGGAUCCGGUCGGCGUAGGCGCGGCUAUCAAAAACAGCUGGAACAGUAUCCAGCACACACUGGACGAGUUCUGGAGCCGCUGGGUGAAAGAAUAUCUGCCGACGAUCGCGAGGAGGACUAAAUGGUUCGAAGAGGUGAGACUUGGGUGAGACCAAUCAAGGAGGGUGAUCUCGUGCUUGUUGUGGACGAAGGACAUCGGAACGGGUGGCUGCGAGGACGCGUUGCAAGGACGUAUCCCGGAAGGAUGGCAGAGUACGUCGGGCGGAUGUACAGAUAUCGAAGGGUCUGAUGCGAGAGCGAGCAGUCGUCAAGUUGGCUCUGCUGGACGUUGGUGUUGCUGGGGGUUCUGGUGCAGAUCAUCAUGCGACACGCGGGGGAGGAUGUUGCGAGCACACCGUGCCGACUGCACUGACCGCGCCGACCGUACCCCUCGGAUCAUCGGCCAAACGCGACUGAACAAAAAGGGUAUAAUGAGAACGUGUCAAGCUGACACUGACUGUAGCUAGGAAUUGAAAUACAUUUGACAUCGAUGAUCUAGCAGUUUGAAGGUAUCAGUUAUCAACUAGAAAUAUCAGCAGUACCACUAGUUGACAUUUGGUAAUUUACAUAUCUUUCAUUUAUUUAUAUAUUUCUGACCCGAUCCGAGGGGGACGUCACUCCGCGAUAACAAACUAAAACGCACAAAAACGAGCUCGAAAAGCAUCAACGCAACUCAUCGUGCCGAGUUUUCACAUAACGCCACCUUAAAGCAAGUUAUCGCAAGUUAACGCGCGUUAAAGCGAGUUAAAGCGACCUGCGUCUGCUCGACUUUUGAACCAGGGAAAUCCAUCUUGCAACCUUGCCGUCGAGCAGUUUUUGGUCGUGUUUGGCAACUCGGUAUUUGUUUUGGUUUUUUUUCAAGCAGUUUUGACAGAAAGAAAAAAACAAAGCAUAAAUUGCGAUUUUUUGUCAACGGCCGGAAAAGUUUGUUCCGGUGGGAUCGCCGGCUCCACCGUCCACAGAGCGCACGUUUUGACGACCGGAAAAGUUAACUUUACUCCCGGUGUGUUGUGUUUGAUCGGCGGCUCUAACAUCAAGUCAGGAUUUUGGCGGAAAAUCCUGGCGCAAACUCAAGUAGGAGCAAAGUUUUCGGGCAGAUAAUCGACGCGCUUGGAUGUAGAUAAAGCCUAGACUGAGUUCAUUCCAGUGCCGGCGCUAUUUAUCACCACCUGUUGCCCUGAUUGUGACCUUCCCCCAGCGAAUUGCCGAAACGUUCGCCGAG